AUGAACGCUGACAACCUCAAGAAGCUUGAAGAGGAGCUCAAGCAACGCGAGUCCAUCAUCAAAACUCGUGAGGAAGAACUCCAACGUCUUGCUGAGGAGCGCGGCAAGACAGUCCUCGCAUCCACCCCUGCACCUGUUCCUGCACCGUCCUCCUAUGCUGCUUCAAUCAAGACAUAUGUUCCCAUCACUCUUGAUCUUCAGGAUUACAACUACGCCAAGUGGAGUGAGCUUUUUCUCGUGGUCCUCGGGCGCUACGGCCUCUCCAGCCACGUCGUCGGUGCCGCCGACGCCACCCCCUCCGACACGUCGCCUACCUCGGAUUGGGGACGCGAUGACUACACGGUGCUCUCCUGGAUCUACGGCUCGAUCUCCAUUGAGCUCUUCGGCAUCAUCAUGGCUCCCGGCUCCACGGCGCGGCAAGUCUGGGACUCCAUUGCCAACCUCUUCCAUGACAAUAAGAAAAGCCGCGCCUUAGCCCUCGAUGCCGAGUUCCGCAACACUCCACAAGGGGACAUGUCUGUUCAUGACUACUGCGCCAAACUCAAGUCUCUUGCCGACGCUCUUAGUGAUGUCGGCCAAAAUAUCACCGACGAGACGCUCGUCCUCACGGUGCUCCGCGGCCUCAACAAACAAUUCAGUCAUCUUCGGUCUUUUCUACCGUUCCAGGUGCCAUUCUCAUCCUUCCUGCAGACACGUUCCGCUGUCGUCCUCGAGGAGACGCAGAAAAAGACGGACGCCAAGAACGCGGCGGCAACCGCACUCUGGGCAAGCGGCAACAGCAUCCUCCCUCAUGCUGGCGGGGAGCGUGCUCCUUCUUCUGGCCGCGGCACUGGCUACAACAACAGCGACUCACGCAACGCCGCCUCACACUCCACCACGCCCUACCCCAACCUUGGCCGCGGCAGUGGAAACGGCGGACGCCGCGGACGUGGAGGCGGCCGCGGAUGA